AUGCCUCCACGCGUUGCUCCAGUCGUCUACGCCUGGGACUUCGAUGCCGGCAUGCCACAGCAUAUCCAAGCCGCCAUCACCACCACCGGCGCCCAUUGCCCAAUACGCGCCAACUAUUGGUUUGUGGGUGGCCGCUCCGCUUUGCAUCCUGCAGGCCAGCCCGCGCAGCCAUACCAGUACGUCUAUGCCGCUACUGGCGAAGUCCUCACCGCAACAUGGUAUGCAUGCCACAAGAAGGGCAGAUCUGGUCGUGGAAAGGGAGAACAGGAUCCUCGCGGCGUGGUUGUUGUUUCUGGCGCGUCCUUCUCCCGUCCGACUAUCAUUGCCAGAACUGCAAGGAAGAAUCGAUUUCGCCCAUGGAACGGGGUCAACGCGGCUGGAAACAAUCUUUGGGGCUCUCUUUACGACAUCGUCAAGAAGGUUGGCCAUGGGGAGCAGGUCGAGGCGGAGAGCGAGGACGAAGAAGAAGGAGAGGAGGAAGGGGAAGAGGAAGGGGAGGUGGAAAUGGGGGAGGCAGAGGAGGGAGCGGUGGAAGAGGGAGCAAAUGAAGACGAGGAAGAAGCAGACGAUGAGGAGAUGGAGACGGCCCAGGAAGAAUCCGAAGAAGAGGAAGAGCUUGCUGCUCCACUUACCACAGUCGAAGAGCUCGAGAAGCUUCGCGACAGCAUCAGGAGCGUGGAGCAGUGGUUGCGGGAGGCGAGGGAGAAGGAAGCGGCGUUGGUGGCGGAACUAGAAGCGGAGAGGAUGGCAGAAGAGGAAACAGAAUAG